AUGGAGGUGGACGAGGCAACGACGAGCGCUCGACAACAGGCGGCGAGGACGGCGAGGAAGGGAAGUUUCGCGCAGUGCACGGCCCGGUUCGACGGGAGCAGGGACAACCUGAACAAAUUCCUGGUGAGCGUGUGCCUGUACAAGGACGUGGAGAGGGUGAACGAGGAGCUUGCACUGCGCGAGCUGCCGCUGCUGUUCGAGGGGGAGGCGGCCGAGUGGUGGGGCAGGGUCGGCGGGGCGGCGAGCAAGUGGUCGGACGCGAUGGCCAUGCUGCAGGAGGCGUACGCGCCGAGGAGGGCGGCGUACGAGAUAUACGCGGAGCUGUUCUCCACGAAGCAGGAGGGGAACGUGGCCACGGACGAGUUCGUCAAGCGGAAACGCGCCCUGCUGGCCGAGCUGGCCGAGCCUCAUCCGGAGGAGGCGCAGAUCGACAUGAUAUACUGGAUGCUGAGGAAGCAGGUACGGAGGAAGAUGCCCAGGAAGGCGAUAAUCAGCCUGGACGACAUGGUGGAGAAGGGGCGUUACGUGGACAACAUGGAGAAGAGGAGGGCGACGUUGAGCAAGAGGUGGGACGAGGAGACGAUGGCCAAGUAUUUCGCGAGGUCGGUGGUCAAGUGCCCCCACCACAAGAGGGACAAGGAGAAGUACUUGCACGAGCGGAACGAGGAGAGGUGCCACAAGUGCAACAAGCGGAAACACGUGCACGGCAAAUACAAGAGCACCACGAUGAGCAUCGAGCGCGUCGCGUUGUGCAGGUUGGACAGCAACACGUUGCAACGUUUCGCCGCAUCGUGCAGCCUGGCCGACUCCGGCCAGGACAACACGUCCUCCUCCUCCUCCUGUCACCACCCAUCGCCAUCUUAA